AAAAAAAAAAAAAAAAAAUUAAGAUAAAAAAAGUAAUAUUUUUUUAAGUAAAUAUUUUUUUGUUAAAUAUAAAAUUUUUAGAUUAAUUAUAGAUUGUAAAAAACAAAAAAAAAAAGAAAAAAAAAAAUUUUUAUCAAAAAUUAAUUAUAUUAAAUACCUUUAAUAAUGUCGUCGGAAAAAAUCGAAGAAAUUACGGUUUCUUCUGCACCCUCGAAUAAUGCGGGAAUAAGUGAAAAAUCUGAAAAGAAAGGUGCCGAAAUCAUUGAACACGAACAUGUUGAAAUGAAGGAAGAUGUUCCACCUGAAUUAGAAGCUUUGCUUCAUACCGAUCCUGCUGUUGGUUUAACUACUGCUGAAGUUCAAAAACGUAUGGCUGACUUUGGUAGAAAUGAAUUGGCCGAAGUUAAAAGGAAUCCCAUUCUUAAAUUUUUAUCUUUCUUCACUGGUGCAAUUGCUUAUUUGAUCGAAUUGGCCUGUAUUUUUGCUGCUGUCGUAAAACAUUGGCUCGACUUUGGUAUUAUUUUGGCUUUAUUGUUCGUUAAUGCCUUUAUCGGUUUCAUUGAAGAAGCACGUGCUGAAUCAGCUUUAGAUGCUUUAAAACAAACUCUCGCUUUAAAAGCAAAAGCUUGGCGUGAUGGUCAAUUCAUUGAAGUUGAUGUUGGCGAUCUCGUCCCUGGUGACGUCAUUGGUCUUCGUCUUGGUGACAUCAUUCCAGCUGAUGCUCGUCUUCUUGGAAUUUCUGUUAUGGGUGGUGAAACUGAAGGAACUCUUUCAGUAGAUCAAUCUGCUUUAACUGGUGAAUCUCUUCCAAUUGAGAAAAAGAAAGGCGAUACUGUUUAUUCUUCUUCUGUCGUAAAACAAGGUCAAAUGUUGGCUGUAGUUACAAAAACUGGUUCAAAUACUUUUAUCGGUCGUGCUGCCAAUUUAAUUUCAAUCACUGUUGAACAAGGUCAUUUUCAAAAAAUUGUUAAUGCUAUUGGAAAUUUUUUGAUUUUAAUUACUACCGUUUUGGUCUCUAUCAUUUUCAUUUAUCAAAUGGUUAAAUUCCGUCAUACUCCUGAUGGUGAAUUCCUUACAGUUCUUGGUCAUGUAUUAGUAUUAACAGUUGCUGCUAUUCCUGUUGGUUUACCAACAGUUUUAUCUGUAACUAUGGCUGUUGGUGCUAAACAAUUAGCUGCUAAAAAAGUUAUUGUUAAACGUCUCACAGCAGUUGAAGAAAUGGCUUCAGUUUCAGUUCUUUGCUCUGAUAAAACUGGUACUUUAACUCUUAAUGAAUUGACUUUUGAUGAACCUUACCUUUGUGAUGGAUAUACAAAGAAUGAUAUUCUAUUAUUAUCUUACCUUUCUGCUGAACCUGGUGCAAAUGAUCCAAUUGAAUCUGCUGUUCGUUUUGCUGCUGAAACUGAUUUGGAAAUUCUUAAAUCACGUCCAAACAAACAUGAAGUUCCAGGGUAUAAAGUAACAGGAUUUGUUCCUUUUAAUCCAAACACAAAAAUGUCAAAUGCAACAGUUGUUAUUAAUGAAACAAAUGAAGUUUUUAGAGUAGCAAAAGGUGCUCCACAAGUUAUUAUUAAACUUGUUGGUGGUAAUGAUGAUGCAGUUCAUGCUGUUAAUACUUUAGCUGGAAGAGGUUUACGUGCUCUUGGUGUUGCUCGUACUAUUCCUGGUGAUCUUGAAACUUAUGAAUUAGUUGGUAUGAUUACACUUCUUGAUCCUCCACGUCCUGAUUCAGCUGAAACUAUUAGACGUUGUAAUGAAUAUGGUGUUGAAGUUAAAAUGAUUACUGGUGAUCAAUUGAUUAUUGCUAAGGAAGUAGCUCAUCGUCUUGGAAUGAGUAGAGUAAUUUUAGAUGCAGGACAUCUUGUUGAUCCUGAUAAAUCUGAUGAAGAAGUAACACAACAUUGUGAACGUGCUGAUGGUUUCGCUCAAGUUAUUCCAGAACAUAAAUAUCGUGUUGUAGAACUUUUACAAAAACGUGGACUUCUUGUUGGUAUGACUGGAGAUGGUGUAAAUGAUGCUCCAGCUUUAAAGAAAGCAAAUGUUGGUAUUGCCGUACAUGGAUGUACAGAUGCUGCUAGAUCAGCAGCUGAUAUCGUUUUAUUAGCACCAGGACUUUCUACUAUUGUUGAUGGUAUCACCACAUCUCGAGCAAUCUUUCAACGUAUGAGAUCUUAUGCUCUUUAUCGUAUCACAUCAACUGUUCACUUUUUAAUGUUCUUUUUCUGUAUCACAUUGAUUGAGGAUUGGCAAAUGAGUGCUAUUUUACUUAUUUUAAUCGCCUUAUUGAAUGAUGCAGCCACUCUCGUAAUCGCAGUUGAUAAUGCUAAAAUUUCACAAAAACCUGAUAAAUGGCGUCUUGGACAGUUAAUCACAUUAUCAUUAGUUUUGGGUACUUUGUUAACAGCGGCUUCAUUCGCACAUUAUUAUAUUGCAAAAGAUGUAUUCCAUUUUGAUUCCGAAAAAAUAGCAACUGUCAUGUAUCUUCACAUUUCAUCAUGCCCUCAUUUCGUCAUUUUCUCAACACGUCUUUCAGGAUACUUUUGGGAAAAUAUUCCAUCAAUUACAUUCAUAAUUGCAGUCUUAGGUACACAAGUAUUUGCUAUGCUUAUUUCAAUUUACGGAUUACUUACACCAAAAAUUGGAUGGGGUUGGGGAGUUACCAUCAUCUGUAUUUCAUUAGGAUACUUUGUAUUCUUAGAUUUCGUUAAAGUACAAUUAUUCAGAUAUUGGUCAUUUGAACUUACAGCCAAAUUAUGGCCAUCAAAAACAAGAAGAACCAAAUUACAAGAUCGUAAAGCUUAUGCAAUUAAUCAUGCAAGAAUUGUUGGUAAUAUUUCAAAAGUUCGUAAAGUUGUGAUCAUGUCAAGAGUUUUAUUGGCUUUUAAGAAGAAGUCAUCAACAAAGGCAAUUGAAGUUUAAAUAGAAUGGUUAAAAAGGCAUUUUGUAUAUUUAUUAAUCAUUUUUUAAAAAAAAAAAAAAAAUCAUUUUUCCUGUGAAUCAAAAAAGAAAAAAAGUUUUAUAAGAAUAAUUUAAUAUUUUAAUUUUUUUUUGUAUAUGUAUAUUUUUAACUCACUUUUAAUAUAGAAAAUGUCAAAUGUAUUUUUUACUUUAUUAAAAAAAUAAAAAAAAAAAACUUGAAUUAAAAA